AUGGAAGGGCUGUGGAGCGAAUGGCUGACUUCGGUCGACCAUAAAAAAAUUGGUAUCAUGUACAUCAUCGUGGCGAUGGUCAUGCUGCUGCGCGGCUUCGCCGACGCCAUCAUGAUGCGUAGCCAGCAGGCGUUGGCGUCCGCCGGCGAAGCCGGGUUCCUGCCGCCGCACCACUACGACCAGAUCUUCACCGCGCACGGCGUUAUCAUGAUCUUCUUCAUGGCGAUGCCUUUCGUGGUCGGCCUGAUGAACGUCGUGGUGCCGCUGCAAAUCGGUGCGCGCGACGUCGCCUUCCCGUUCCUGAACUCCCUGAGCUUCUGGUUCUUCGUGGUGGGCGUUGUGCUGAUCAACAUCUCCCUGGGGGUCGGUGAGUUCGCUCAGACCGGUUGGCUGGCGUAUCCGCCGCUGUCGGGUAAAGAGUACAGUCCUGGCGUCGGGGUCGAUUACUGGAUCUGGAGUCUGCAGAUUUCCGGUCUGGGUACCCUGCUGACCGGCGUGAACUUCUUCGCCACCAUUCUGAAGAUGCGUGCCCCUGGCAUGCCUAUGAUGAAGAUGCCGGUGUUCACCUGGGCGCACUGUGUACUAACGUCCUGA